AUGUUUCCAUUAAUUGGAAAAACAGUCAUCUUUGAUAACUUUCCUGAUCCUUCUGAUACUUGGGAAAUCACUGAAACGAUUGGCAAAGGAACUUAUGGGAAAGUUUUUAAAGUAUUGAAUAAGAAAAAUGGCCAAAAAGCAGCAGUCAAAAUUCUGGAUCCAAUUCACGAUAUUGAUGAAGAGAUUGAAGCAGAGUAUAACAUCUUAAAAGCACUUUCUGACCACCCUAAUGUUGUCAAAUUCUAUGGGAUUUACUUUAAGAAGGAUAAAAUAAAUGGAGAUAAGCUGUGGUUGGUUCUCGAGCUGUGCAAUGGAGGAUCAGUGACUGAUCUUGUGAAAGGAUUUCUGAAGAGGGGUGAAAGAAUGAGUGAACCUAUAAUUGCCUAUAUUUUACACGAAGCACUAAUGGGACUUCAGCAUUUGCAUAACAACAAAACUAUCCACCGUGAUGUGAAAGGAAAUAACAUUCUGUUGACCACUGAAGGAGGAGUUAAACUAGUAGAUUUUG